CUGACAGCAGCAGGAAGGAAGGACCUGCGGUACCUCUCCUUCACACACCGGGGGUGAAGCAGCCGGUGGCUGAAGGAGCUGCACAGAGCUGCCAGGGUGUCCUGCAUGGGGUUGGAAGUGUUGAAAUACAGUCCAGCCACAAGACAGCUUCUAGAAAAAUUCUUCCUAGAAUGCAUGGUGAAUUGACAUCAGCAGGGCGUGGUUCAUUCUUCAGUAAACAAUUUGUCACAUUAAGCCAUAUGCUUACUGUCGCAAAUCGAAUGCUGGUGGACACGCAUACGUGUGUGGAGGAAGGAGGGCUCCAAUUCCAGGAAGGUUCAGACACUUCUGUCGUCCUUAAGCAGACAGUGCCAUGGACCAUGUGCUGAACAUUGCUGAUAGCUACAUCUUCAGUCCGUUUGUUUACCCGGCCUCAUGGCCUGAGGACUGGGCUCUCCGUCAGAUCAUCAGCCUGUGGGUGGUGACCAACCUGGGAGCAGUGCUGAUUUACCUGGGCUUUGGUGCUCUUAGCUUCCACUAUGUGUUUGACCAUAAGCUCAUGAAACAUCCACUGUUUAUUAAAAACCAGGUAAGAAAAGAGAUUCAACUAUCAACGGUCUCCAUCUUCUGGAUGAGCUUCCCCACUGUGGCCCUUUUCUUCCUGGAGAUCAGGGGAAACAGCAAACUUUAUGACAACAUCAGUAAAUCUUCUCUGGGCUGGCCUGGAUUGUUCCUGAGCAUUGUUGGUUUCUUGUUAUUUACUGACAUGUGUAUCUACUGGAUACACCGCUCCAUGCACCAUAAGAACAUCUACAAGCACUUACAUAAGCAGCACCAUAUAUUCAAGAUCCCUACGCCUUUUGCCAGCCACGCUUUCCACCCACUGGACGGCUUCCUGCAGAGCUUACCCUAUCACAUCUACCCCUUCAUAUUUCCCCUUCACAAGGUGGUCUACCUCUCACUCUUUGUCUUUGUCAACAUCUGGACCAUUUCUAUACACGAUGGAGACUACCGCCUCCCCGGCCCCCUGAUAUGUCUGAUCAAUGGUGCCGCUCACCACGUAGACCAUCAUCUCUUCUUCAACUACAACUACGGACAAUACUUCACACUCUGGGAUCGUUUUGGGGGCUCCUACCGGCACCCGUCAGCCCUGCUGGGGAAGGGACCACAUGACCACGUUCGCAAGCUCAUGGCAGAGGCUGCACACACACAGUGAUGACGGAGCUACACUCAGGAUGUUCUUUACUGGUUUAAACUUCCCCAGGGAGGUUCCUACAGAGAUUCCUCAGCCUGGGUCACGAUGCAAGAGACAGAUGCAUCAGAUGCAAAACCAGCCACCAGUGACUCUAAACAGAGCUUUUCCCAACUGAAAAUGUUAAAUACAACAAAAUUUAAAGCAGUUUUGUAGGGCAUCAUAUUUUCCCAUACAAUGGAUAAAUGCACUGCCUAGAGACAAGUAGGCUGGAAAUAACACUGUACCAUAUUGAAUAAAGAACAGCCAUCUCGAGGUUUAAGUGAUACCUGUACUCAAGCAAGCCUCAAAAAUGAACGUUUAGUUCAAAUAAACCCUCAAUUGUUGG